CAUCACAUGGUGAUGCUAUCUAUCGCAGCUUCUGAACAACGGAACACAGAUGGGGCAAGAAGCAAGACUCACGGUUUUUCAGCAGGCAUAGAGCAAAACAGAUUAACUACUGAAGCGUGUUGCAUAUUGAAAAGCAGAAGGAAGCAGAGGCCAUAGACUUCGAGAGGAAAAAAAGAAAGAAUCUGAGAGGCGCGAUCUCCCUGCACAUUGCGCUUCGGAGAAAUGAAAGGUUGCGAACUCCCGACAUGCAGACCUGUGCAAUAGCGGAGUGGCGCGGCUACAGAAGGAAUUGAACGUGAACGAUAAAAAGCCGAAAGGAAAGAAAGGGAAAAAGAAAGGAGAAGAGGCAGAGAAAAAGGAUGCUUGGCGUAGCACUUUGGAAAUCUUUGCCAUUCUAAUUUUUUGCAAUAAGCCUCAUAUCUGCAGUCUUCAUCCAUGGCCUCUUUGAGGAAUGGCCCAAAGGGAACUCCAGAAUCUCAGCACCAUAAUGUUUUGUUCCUUGGAACAGUUGCCGUAGCAUCAGCUUUUCUGGUCACCAUCUUUAUUGCACUGUUGUGUGUAGGAUGUAAACGGAAAGAUAAAACAAAAAAGGUCCAGAUUGAUGGAGUAAAGCUGGUAGAAAUGUCAUUGCUACGACAGACGAAACUCCGAUCCAUCAGCAAAUCUGACACAAAGCUCCAUGAGCUGAACCGGAUAGCAGGAAACGGCAAGAAAGGGUCAAGAAGCCGUCCUGCUAGUAUGGACCUCCUCUUUCUCCCAAACCGGAAGUUAGACUGGGAUCUGAGGUGUCCACAGAACAGACAGCUUCCAAAAAUUCCACUCAGCCCUGGUGGAGACAAAGACCACACCUACUCGGAGGUGAAGAGGCCAGCGUCACAGCCGCGGUGCACUGAAGAUGCUCUGUAUGAGAGUGUUGGGGGUCGGCAUGAAGAUGAAGUAGCACCCCCCAGCAGCCAGCCCAAACAGCCACUGUUGUCCCUUGGCAACAACCACGUUGAUUCAGCCCUCCAGCAGAGUCAAGAGGUCAACAGAUCUAGUGAAGAUGCGGUAACAGCAGAGUAUGCCUGUGUGAGAAAAGUCAGGAAACUGGAAAAGCAGCAGCAUUUGGAGACCAGUCCUGACCCCGUAGAGCCAGGAGCCCGAUUUACCAGUGCCGAAGAUUAUUUGAAUCAGCAGGAGAGGGAUAACAAAAAAAAGACCAUCAAGGAACCUAUUCAUUCCCAUUCCUUCCCAAAGGACUCUGGCUUUAUGGGAAAUGGAGAACAGUAUAUUUGGAAACCUCCAGAAGAAGAAGAAGGGCUGUCCGUCAGUACUGGGCGCAUUGGAAUGCCAAAUGUCUCCACUGGUGACCUAAGCCAUGGACCUGCUGUGUCUGUUGAGAUAUCAGACAUGUAUUCCAAAGUGUGUAAGCCAAGUAAAAAGAAAAGACCUCCUGCCUCUCCGCCUGCCCCCUUCAAGCAAGGAGCCCAGGAUGUCAAGCCACUCAGUCAAAGCCGUCCAUGUGGAGGGCCCAAGGAAAACAAAAGAUUUGACGCGGUGCAGCCACCAAGCUGGACAGGAGGAGGCGCUCAGGCAAUGAAGUCCACUGAAGAUCCCUGCUACGAAUCAAUAAAUGAGAAAAUGUGGCCAGUUAAUGAGGAAGCUGACCCAGCUUAUGAAUCGAUAGAUGCCAACUGGAAAAGGGACAAACCCCCUAUGCCUCCAUUAGGUAAGAAUAAGAAGAAAGUGCCCACAAAAGGGUGCCUUAAUGAGAAUUUUUAUGAAACUAUCAGUGAUGUGAAACAAGGAUCGACAAGCACCACGACUGUAUUCAUGUUUAAUGAUGGCAUCGAAAUGUACGUCACUGGACUUUAAUGCCAUCUCGUCCCCUCACCUUUGUAACACCUCUUUUUUAAAAUUCAUCUUUUUGGUUCAUUCAAUCCAGCAAUACAAAGAGAAAUAUCUUGAGUGAGCAGAAUAAAGACGGAUUGUGUUUGCUUUUAAAACCGUCUGCCAUGACAGGGAAAGGCAGUUUAUUUCAAGCCUUGACAAAAGCUAGUAGUUUGCUUGAAAUUUUGAGAAUUUUGACUGUGCAAGAAUUCUACAAUUUUUGACAUGUUUACAAAAAAAAGACUGGCCUUGAGUGAAAUCUGCUCACUGUUGCACGUUUCCUGUGGGCCAAAUUCAAUUUUGGGCAUCUAUUAACAGAUCUACCAUUAUCAAUGCAGUUAGCAUCUAUCCUGUGAGUACAGUAAAACCUAGAUCAAGUGACUUUUAUUGGGCAUUGACAUCGAUCCACGUUGUUUGACAAGAUAAUCCAUUUAUAAAGGCAAGUGCAUACGUAAAAUGAUUGUUGUUAGCAGGUCUUUGGAGCCAUGCCACUUCAUAGUGCUGCUCCUUGAAUAAUGCAGCCAGGCUGAUGGCCUGCAGUGGAAUGGCAUGGAAAUCUGGACAGAGAAGUGUCUUUGUAUUAAUGCACUGCCUAAAAGGAAUCUGAGAAGACAGCUUUAUUACUACAGAUGUGUACACCAUGCUUUAUUAGGGUCGUCUCUUUCUUUGUGGCACCGUGCCCUCAGAGCUCCAGUCCUGAUUUCUAUGUGCAGCUUGCAUGAUUUCCAGUGCGUGUGCGCGCGCAUGGUCUUCUCUGUAGGCAUGCCAGUGUCACCCAAAUCCCAAAAAUGUGCAGGUUAUGUACAUUGACGACCCUAAACUGUGCCCUGCUAUAAGUCUGCCACCAUUCUGAGCUCCUCGGCCAUUCUGGUCGAAUGCUUUCAUCUUUCAAUCUACAUCUCCCCUGUUUUUCAGAACCUCUUUCAAUAAACAGGUAAAAUAAAAGUUGGAAAAUCGAGGUUUUACUGUAAGAACUCUGACUCUGUGAAAUGGAAAUUCAAUUUCUCUUUUAAAUCCCAGCACAUUUCACUUACUUGAGAAGAAUGUAUUGUCCAUGUGAGGUAGAAUGGUUGAAUGGGACCAGAUGUAACAUUUCACGCUGAAGCAGACUGGAAAUGUGUUAUAUUUAGACUGUACAAUAUAAUUGACGUAGUAUCCCCAACAAGACUACAGGAAUCAAGCACCUUUCUGCUAAAUCGGUACAACAGCACGACUUUUUUUAUUACUAACCAAGAAGUCAGCGACACCUCUUUCCUGCUUUGCUCUCAUUACAUUUGUUGCCUGGCCAAACGAUGCGACUCCAAGGCCUGGUUGGGUCCUGCUGCUGGCAAUGCCUUAGGCAAGGCUGCUGUGACAUGGCACUUGCUGAUUACCUUCAGUCGUGGUGUCCUGCAAGUGACAGGCCUGUAUUCAGAGCUUUAUAUCGAUUGCUGCCUGCACUUUUAAAUAUUUGAAUUUGUUUAGUUUUUGUUAGCCAGUUUGCUUCAGAAUGGAGUGACGAAUGUACCGGAGAAAAGACCAAGCACAAAUACCCAGCAGUAGUGUUGAACAUUUAAAGCUUCGCUCUGCAAACUUGAGAACUUUUAAGAGAAGAGAAUCCUACACAGGAUAAAACGCGAACAGAAAAAACAAACCAAACCCUGAAAGACGCGUGAAUACAUUAGCACAGUUGUAAUGUUGACCAUGCUUAUCAUGUAAGUAAGUGUGUGCAAAUACAACUUUCUUAAACGCGGCAGCACUGAGUGCCAGGCAGGAAACAGCUCGGUGGGUACAAAUUCUAACAGUGAUAGAUGUGCACAGAGUACAGUGACAUUCCUACUCUCAUGUCUGACCAACGUGGUACACGUCACCACUCUGACACAUUGACAAAAUGAACGGAUGACUGAAAUUGUGUAAUAAUACCAUACCACGACAUUCUCAAACACGCCAAGUGCAGCACUGUGCACAAUACAGACAACAACUCUGGAGCGGGAGUCAGCCCGUUGUAGUGGCAUAAGAGGCAGCAGGGCUACCCACUCGUGAUGUCUCGUCCAUUAGUUGUGAAUUAACAUCUCCUGUAGCCGUAAUGGGAAAGCACCUCGACGAGAGCCAUCAGACCUGUCUGGCUUUCAUGGCACAAGUGAAAAACUGGUAUAAAGUAGACAGAAAAUAAACACUUUGUAAAACAAACAACAGUCUGCACGUAAGUAUAAAACGAACUCCAGGACAUCAGUUUUAAAAAAUAUAGUUUGGAGGUAAAGCAUUUCUACCGUAAACUCUUGUCACAGCUUUCUCUCUAUUUCUGCCUUUAUUUGACUGCAAACAUUUGACCCCCUAAAGUCUCACCAUGUUUUUUAAAACAGUUAAACACCCCCAAUACAACACACGUUACACAAAUUUUCCAGCGUCCAGGGCGGUAGUAGCCCACUCUCCAGCGACUCAGUUGGACUGGUCUGCGACUCCCCCAAUAGUCAUCAAGUUUGUCCUUAAGAACUGGUAACUCAUGAGUAACAAUGCAGGUGAUGCUGUGGUGGUGAAACGGGUCAAACUCUGCAAACACAAGAGGGGCUCGUCUGUCUGAUGUCUCGUGUUUUACCCACCACAACAAAAUGUAAAAAAAACAAAAGGGCUGCGAUUGCACCUGGAAAACAUUCAUACAACACUGGCACAGUCGGGCAGCACAGUGUUGGCUGCCUGAGAAAGGGUGGGCUGGAAGGUCGUCAUGGAGUUGUGUAAUAUCCCAUCCCCUGUGAAUACUAUUUGUGCAGUCUGACAUAUAUUUUGAUAUCCCCUCCAACUAGAAGUUGUGUAAUGUGACACUUCAGGGUCACGUCCGAGCCACAAAGUGGCCUGACCUGCAGGGGCUUAGUCUCCAUACUAAAGGAGAUUGUUGUACUGGAGAUUUGGUGCUUUGCUGAGGCCCAGUGUGCCGUUUUUGCCCCCCAUAGCACAAUUCUCUUUGACGCUCAAUACUUGGAAAUCCUUUAUUGCUCCCCCUGACCGUGAUCUUGUUUACAUUUGCAGUGUGGAAUUCAGAAUUUUAUAUAAAAUAAUAAAAAUUGUGUAUUUUGAUAUUUGUAUAUACAUAUUAAUCUACUGUAUUUUGGUUGGCUCCUUGGUUUCAAGUCAUUUGGAGUACAGUACGGUACUGCUGAUUAUUUAUAAUUUCUUUCUGCCGCCCAGCAUCCUACAAUUUUCUUGAGGCUAGUGCAGCGCUUAGUGGCAGUUUUUUGGGGGACGUCUUCAGCACAAACUCUGGGGUACCCAGCAUGCAUCAUGAUGACACCCCACUUUCACUUUAAAAGCCGUUUCCUUUUUAAACAUUUACAUUCAACUCCUAAAAACAGCACUCUGGGAAAAUUCACAGUUUAUUUUUUGAGUCCCUAAACUGCACGUUUUGUGGAGAUGUGGUGGGCAGAGAUGGGUGUAAUGAGUAAGUAGAGUAGAACUGGAAGUGACCACAGGUGGGCUUGUGGAAUGCUGGCUCUGCCGAGUUAGCCGAGAAUACUACAGUAUGCUGCACUUGUAAAGUGAACGUGGGCCUCACGCCUAGGAUCAGGACUACGUUAAUCCUAAUGAAAUGUGACUAUAAGAAAAAAAGCUCAGGGAAAAACAAAACCAGAGAUACAUGAAAUGACUGAAAGAUAUCCUAUCUGUGCAUUCAUUGGCGACUGUGGUGUGUAUCAGUAUUGAGCGAGCGGUGGGUGUAAAAGCACCGUAUCGUCUCACUUUUUAUAUAUAAAGUCCGUGUUUAAAUAGGCAGAGACGCGGCUGUCCCAUCGCUGUAUUGUCUUACUUGAUAAAGAUUUUGCUUGCUUAAAUAUUAUGCAUGUGUAUAUAGUGUACAUUGAUGCUAUACAAAACAAAUGUUGUAGAUUAUAUUUGUUUGUUAUUUCAGGUUAGUAUAUUUUUUUUUAAUUUGUACAGUCAGAAAAUAAAGGAUGUGUGAAUACACAGUGCGCUCCACCCAAACUCACUGAUAGGUAUCCGCUCGCUCAUCCAUCCCUUUUUCUGAGUCAGCCUGCUGGGUGACAGGGAACGGAGCCUAUCGAUGGCAGCAUCAGAUGGGACGCCUUUAAUCACGGGGCACACGUGCUCACAUUUAACGAAUCAGACAGAAGCACAAAAAAGGCAAAUAUAUGAAAGACAUGGUGAUCAGGCUAGGAAGUGAUCUGUGAGGUGAUAUCUGUAACCGCUUGGCCAAAAUGUCAUCUUUAAAUUUCCAUUAGCAGUGCAUACGCUAACAAGGAAACUGAGCCUGUCCUGCGCAGGACUGGACACAAGGCAGGAGACAUUCCUAAAUGGGGCUUCUUGAGAUAGACUCACAUUAGAUGCACAAGCCUGGAUGCAGGUGGAAACCGACAUUGAGCCCAAGUCUCCAGACCUUUGAGGCAUCACCUCCAUUGACCCUGCUUCAUCUGUUUCACGGUCGCACAGAAUCCAAGCUUAACCUGUGCAGCACUGGAUGUCUGUCCUGACAGAAACACUGGAAGAGAUGCUAGUAAAGUGCAGGCUACAACUCGGACACACACACACACACACGUGCACACACUGACUCACAUCAGGCAGUUUUAAGUUUUGGGAUGUGGGAGAACACCGAAACACUCGGAGAAGACUUGCAUGAAACAAGUGCUAACUCCACACAGCAAAGUGCCAAUGCAGUCUGCUGCCCCACGGUAUCGGGCCAUGCUGCAACUGCUGUUCUGUGCAAAUGCCAUUAAAUCUUGGAAAAGGAAUUAAAAGCCCACGAUAACUUAUACCUGGCAUGUUAUUCUCGAUGUCUGCCAUGUUCUUGACUCAGUUGGACGUGGUGGAGAAGAGGACUCAAUAGCCUUGUCCAGUGCAGUGGCGUAGCGUGGGUGUCAGCCGCCUGGGGCAGAGGAAAAUUUCGCCGCCCCCUUAUUUAGGUAUUUCAAUUUAAAAGACUAAAAUAUACAGUAAUUCUUUGCCGCCCCCUAAAAGUGCCGCCCCCACUACGCUACGCCACUGGUCCAGUGGUCAGGCUAAUUCCUGCUUCCACCAAAUGGCAGCCCCAAAUCUCCACUUGCCCCAUUAAGCAAUGUUCGGGCUAUUAAAUAUACACCUUAACUCUUGUUCUUUUUUAUAGCUGAAACUUCAUGUUGAAUUCAUUGGAAAAAUGCAGCUGUUCUUCAUACAAAUGCACUGUAUUGUCUGUAUAAAAGAAGCAAAAUAUCUGUGAAAUACAUACGUGCAAGAGAUUGUAAUGUUUUUAUACAGGAAAAAGUUACUGUUUAAAAAGUGCACCUUCGGUUUAUACAUUUUGUAAUAAAGCAGCACUUGGAAACUC